AUGACUCCGAAACGUAAUAAGUUUUGGAAUCACAACAAUCCAGUGUCAUUACGGUCGAUUCUCCUAUACUACGUAAUAUUAUUAUCCACAACUGUAUCAGCAAAAAGGAAACUAACAGCUACCUCAUUAGUAACAUGUAUGGAAAAUUCUCAAUUAUCAGCAAACAAUUUCGAUGUCAUCUUCAAUCCAGACGAUAGAUCCCUCCAUUACACCUUAGAUAUGACCACUCAAAUAGAUUCUUACAUCACAGCCGAUAUCGACGUCUACGCCUACGGUUUUAAAAUCAUCACCAAGAACGUUGACCUUUGUAACAUCGAUUGGAAACAAUUCUGCCCCGUACAUCCAGGUAUCAUCGAAAUAGAUUCAAUAGAAUACAUCUCCAAAGAAUACGUAGAUGAAAUCCCAGGAAUUGCAUACACAGUCCCCGACAUUGACGCAUACGCAAAAAUUAAAGUAUACAACAAUCAUUCCGAAUAUUUAGCAUGCAUUCAAAUCUUCUUCUCUAACGGUAAAACAGUCUCACAAACUGGUGUCAAAUGGGCUACCGCGGUAGUCGCAGGUAUAGGUCUCCUUCUAUCAGCUACAUUAUCCACUUUCGGUAACUCCAUUGCCGCAUCACAUAUAUCAGCUAACACGAUGUCACUAUUCUUAUAUUUCCAAAGUGUGGUGGUCAUCGCAAUGGUGCACGUUCAUAGAGUGCCACCUAUCGCUGCUGCAUGGUCAGAAAACCUAGUUUGGUCCAUGGGAUUAAUCAAGAUUAAUUUCAUGCAAAGAAUAUUUAGAUGGUAUGUAGAAUCCACAGGAGGUACACCAGAUUUAUAUUUGACUGCAACUACUAUGUCUGUCUUGACUCAGAGAUCAAUUGAAUAUUUGAAAUCAUGGCCAUUGUUUAAAAGGGCUGAUAAUGUCCUUUAUGGGAAUCAAAAUACUUUGAUAUUUAGAGGUAUUAAAAGAUUGGCUUAUAGUAUGGGGAUUGAAAAUACUAGUAUUGUUUGUACUGGGUUUACAUUUUUCGUAUUAUGUGGGUACGUUUUAGCUGGGUUUAUUAUCGUUUGUAAAUAUUCCAUCGAGUUGGGGAUUAGAGUAGGAUGGAUUAAAGAUAGGAAUAAGUUUUCAGAAUUUAGAUCAAAUUGGAGACUAGUUUUGAAAGGUUCAUUGUUAAGGUAUGUUUAUAUUGGAUUUGUUCAAUUGACCAUUUUGAGUUUUUGGGAAUUCACAGAAAGAGAUUCAGCUGCAGUUAUCGUCAUUGCUUGUUUGUUCAUCAUCUUAUCAGUUGGAUUGAUGCUUUGGGCAGCUUAUAGAACUGUUUAUUUUGCAAAAAAAUCAAUUCAAAUGUAUAAUAAUCCGGCUGCUUUAUUAUACGGUGAUCAAUACGUUUUACAUAAAUAUGGGUUUUUCUAUACCAUGUUUAAUGCAAACCAUUAUUGGUGGAAUAUCGUUUUGUUAUCAUACGUCUUCGUCAAAUCUUUAUUCAUUGGUUUCUCUCAGGCUUCAGGAAUGACUCAAGCUUUAGUCAUUUGGUUGUUAGAUCUUUUCUAUUUCGUAGCAAUCAUUUAUUAUCAACCAUAUUUGGAUAAACCAACAAAUAUUAUGAACAUUUUGAUUGCCACUGUCACAGUCGUAAAUUCAUUCCUUUUCCUUUUCUUUUCAGAUUUAUUCGGUCAAAGUUAUAAAGUUUCUGCAAUUAUGGGUUGGAUAUUCUUUAUUAUGAAUGCAGCAUUUUCAUUCAUUUUAUUAAUGAUGAUAUUACUAUUCACUGGAUUAACAGUCUUCUCAAAGAACCCUGAUAUUAGAUUUAAACCAGCAAAGGAUGAUAGAACAUCGUUCCAAAGAACCUCGUUGAAGCCAGAUGGUACCAUUGAUAGAAAGGAAGCUAAUGAAUUAAUGGCAUUAGGUGUAGUAGCAAAUGAUCAUGGUCAAAAUUGGGAAAAUGAAUUAAUUCAAUCAAAUAAUGGUACCACCCUAGGCGGGAAAGAUUUAAUGUUUGAUGAAGAAAAACUUGAUUCUCCUUCAUCAAAUAGUAGAUUCAAUCGUUCGUCAUCGACACCUGAAAAUAAUAAUAAUAGCGAAUCCAAUUUCAAUGAAGAAAAAUCACCUUCGUUGUUUCCUGCUGGGUUAUUACGUAAAUUAUCAUUCAAGAAUAAAAAGAAUCCAGAUGCAGAACAUAUUGAUAGUUUAAAACGAAAUAAUAAUAUUGACACCAACAAUACAAGUUCAGCUGAAUUCUCUUCCAUUGCAGAUAAUGAUGAUGACGAUAAUAGGGAUGAUAUUCGCCCCAUCUCUCCUAAUAGGAAAGAAUACCCCGGUUUAUCACAUACAAGAAAACAAUCCGAUUCUCAAAAUGGGUUAAUUGAUUCAUUCGAUGAGGAACAAGAUUUACAAUUACGUCAACCACAACAAAAUAUUAUAGAAUCACCAUUUGAAGAUUCAAAUGCAUAUUCUACAUCUCCAAGCAUUAAUAAUAUUAAUAAUUCAAAUAUGAUAUCAAAAGAUAGUAGUAUAGAUACAAUGCCAACGACAACAAAUAAUAACGGCACGCAACCAACUGAUAUCUUUAAUAAUUCUUCAACUUAUCUAUGA